GACCCGUGGAGCGCGAGCCAAAGGCCGGACCACAGAAGAGGGAAAAGAAAGAACAGAAAGAGGAAGUGAAGAAGGAGAGGUCUAAGGCUCUUUCUGAGGCACCCUGGCGGCGCGGUUCGCGCUACCAGGAGCCUCCGCAGCCAACGCCUCCUAAGGCAGCAGCGAGGCCGGAGCGAGCUAGAACGCCGCCUCCGAAGCCAGCUCAGCCGAAGACUCCUCCCAAGACUCCGCCACCUGCGAGAGGAAAGGCGAGCACCCCAGGUCGGAGUCCGCUUCCGAAGGCGCAGCCAACGCCAAAGAAAGAGGAGAAGAAAGAGGAAAAGGAAGAGGAGAGCCAGGAGGAGAAGAACGAGAAGCUCGUAGACCACACGGCGGCUCCAAAGUGGAAGGCAGGAGUCGGGAGGCCGACACUGCUUCCCAAGCCAAAGCUCCUGAAGAGCCCGGCUUCGUGGGCAGGCAUGCGCUUCAGAGACCGCGUGGCCCACCAGGAUGCCAUCAGGUCCAAGAGCCCGAAAGGCACCCUAGGUGAGGCUUUGCUGAAGAAGCAGGGCGAGGCUUGCUCUACGUGCCGGAACAGAAGGACGAGGUUCCGUAAGGACGCGGGACGCAUCCUCAAGAAGAGGAUGAAGGAGUACAAAGCAGCAGCUGCCAAGGCAGCGGGCUCUCACUACGCCCGGAAAGUCCUGGAAAGAGAGAAGCUUGUGAGGGCCGAUCGGCCCAGCAAGGACGAGCUAAGGAGCCCGCGGGUUAAGAAGCCCGAGGGCGAAGAAAAGGAGAAAGAAGAGGAAAGCGACCAGGAGGACAAGGAGCCGGAGGCUCCAGGUGAAGAGCAGCAAAGGGCUGUGGUGCCGAAGAGUCCAGACCAACCCACGGCCGACCAGAUCACACAGCACGAAGCCUCGGGGCAUGCAGUACACCGUUCUUGGUGUGUUCACUGCCAGAGGGCACGCAAGAUGGUCAACCCGCAUCGCAAGGUUCGACGGGCCGAGCUUGAGACCUCGUUGCCGACGCUUCAUAUGGACUACUUCUUCUUGGGCAAAGACAACCAAGAGGAUGAUGUGAUGCCACACCUGGUGGUACGGUGCGACAAGACACGCCGCACUUGGGCCACGUCUCUGCCAGAGAAGGGGACACACCCCUACAACGUGACGUGGUUGGCAGGCAUCAUUCGCGAGGCCGGUUGGAAGAAGAUGUGUCUGUUUUCGGACAACGAGAAUGCCAUGAAGGCACUCAAGCGUAAGGCCAGCGAAGAGGUGAAAGGUGUGGAGUUUGAUCUACGAGAAUGCCCUACGAGCACAGAGCAUGAAAACGCACCAGCCAACGGUGUGGCAGAAGCAGCUGUGAAAGAAGUGAAGAGGAUGGUGAGAGCUAUCGUGUCGGAGCUGGAGACAAAUCUCAAGAUCGAGGUUGGCGUGGAUCACCCGAUUCUCGCCUGGAUCGCGAGACACGCAGCAUUUCUCUUGACACGUUUUCGCAUAGGCGAAGACGGCAAGUCAGCUUCUGAGCGAACGCUGGGUCGACCUUGGAGACGGCCGACCAUUGUCUUCGGUGAACAGGUGAUGUUCAAACCUGUCGGAGGAAAGCACAAGCGUGGAAGCCUUGACAACAGGGUUUCUAUGGGUCGGUACAUUGGGACUGCAUCUCGCAAUGCAGAUCUGAUGAUCAUGACAGGCGACGGCGUAACCCGGGGCCACUCCGUGCACAGGAGGCUCGAUGCCGACAAGUGGAAAGGAGAGAGUGAAGAGGGCCCAAGAAAGGGUCGAGUCGAGAAGGACUACGGGAGAAAGGUCAAGAAGGACCAGCCUGCUUUGGAAGGAAGACCUGCACCUGACGCCAUGGAGGGCGCACCACUGGCGAGGCCAAUGGAGGUCGAGGAACCCCAAGCCUCAAGAGCACAGCGGAAAAGAGCGCCCUCCAAGGACGUCGAGGACCUUUAUCGGGAGGAGCCCACACGGGGUGCCACCGAUGGUCCAGAUGUGGAGGUUGUUGGAGCCAACCUGUACGGAGGUGCAAGUGGUUCCGCAGGACCGGGUCUAGACCACUCUCGACGCCAAGCACAAGCCGAUGCAGAGAUGCACGACGCAGCGGCGAAUCCGCCGCCUGCUAGCGAGGAUGCUCAGAUUGGGCUGAUCACAAGGAUGUUCGAGCAGAAGGGCAUGAGGUGUAGCCCCGCCGAGGCGAAGGCUAUAAACUCUAUGGUUCGUCAGUUGGGAAGGAAUCGCAAUGCGGCUGUGCUUUGGAGCACAGUGAACGAAGGCAUCAUCCUUCCGAUGGACCUGGAGGUAACCAUGUUCAAGCAAGCUGAACACCUGCGUUUCUUCGAAAAGUUGGAACGCGUGAAGCCUAAGCUCCUGAUAGGGAGACUGCCCACCGGACCGUUUCAGUCCGUGCAGCGCGCCUUUGACACCACCAACAAUGUGGGAGCUGAAGCCAGGCGCGAGAACCUGAAGAAGUCGCGUUCACAACUUGGACUUUGCUUUGAGGCCUUCCAGGCACAGGUGGAAGCAGGGAACUACUUCCUCUACGAGUGCCCAAGGGGUGCAAAAUCCUGGGAGCAUGAACUUGCUCAAAGGAUGGACGCGCACUUGGUUGAAGGGCCAAUGUGCGAAUGGAAAGUGGACGAGAGCGGCAAGCUCAUUGCAGGGCAAUCGGGCAAGAGGCGCACCCGCUGGAUUACUGAUUCCGCGACGGUCGCGACAGCUUUGGAAAAGCUCUGCAAGGACUCUGGGAAGGUAUGGAACAGAGAGCUUUCUUUCAAGGAGGGGAUCGUACAGGCUAAAGCCGAGUACCCUCCGAAGCUCGAAAGGGCAGUGCUUGCAGGAGUCAGAGCACAGCUGGUCCUAGAUGGAGAGAUGAGGGAGGUAGGACACGUUGGAGGGCCAGACCCUCACGAAGAACCACCUCUGGAAGAGUAUCUCCAUGAAUCGCUUCCGAAGGCAAGUGAACUCUACGUGAAGGAACCUGUCAUUGAUGCGAAUACUGGGGCCGAGUUAGACCCAAGGAAAGUCGCAGAGGCAAGAGCCUCCGAGUUAGCUUGGGUAAAGAAGCAAGGAGUGUAUGAUAAGGUCGAUGAAAGCAUAUGUUGGUCGGAGACUGGCCGUCCGCCAAUUACCCUGAAAUGGGUAGACCGCAACAAAGGGGAUGAUGUGAAGGAGAACUUCAGAUCCAGAUUGGUCGUCCGCGAGGUCAAGAGCCAGGGACAAGCGGCGCUAAUCCCGGACUACGCGUUGUUCUCUUCCAUGCCGCCUUUGGAAGGAUUGAAAAUCCUAUGCUCGUUGCUUACGAGUAUGAAGCGGUCAGCUUCAGGGAAACAACUGAGCUUGAAAUUGACCGAUAUAUCACGUGCGCAUUUUAUGGCAAAGCAGAACGCUGAGUGUUCGUCACACUUCGCGAAGGAGACGAAGAGCCCGGCAAAUGCGGUCCUGCACUACACUUCUGAAGAAGCACGGUUUCCAGACCGGGAAAGCGUAUCCAUGUACUUUCUAUCACGCCGAAAUGGAUGGUCACCGCUUCGUGGACAAAUCCUGUCUGAGGAGUACGAGUUCAAGUGCGAUGGUCACAUAGGGCCUGGAUGCGAGAAAGACAGCAUGACUGUUCUGAACCGGGUUGUGACCUAUGACCGUACGACGGGAACUGCCACCUAUGAGGCGGAUCCAAGGCACGCCGAGGCGCUAAUCCGUGACCUUGGAAUGGAAACUGCUAAACCAGCAAAGACACCAGCAGAGAAGAAGAAAGGCAGCGACCUGAAAGCAAUGCUGGAGUCACAGCCGUUGAACGCCGAACUUGCAAAGCAAUAUCGUUCACACACGAUGCGGGCAGCGUUCCUAGCACAGGACCGCCCGGACAUUGCAGAAGCAACCAAGAGUUUGGCGAGGCACAUGAAGGAACCCACUGAGUUCGCAUGGGCCGACUUGAAGAGGUUUGUCCGCUACCUGCGCGGCAACCCACGGCUGAUGUAUGAGUACCAUCCGCAGCGAAUGAGCAAAGAGAUCGUAAUGUAUUGCGACUCGGAUCACGCGGGAUGUCUCAUCACGCGGAGGUCCACCACAGGACUCGUGACAAUGCUAGGAUUUCACUGUGUCAAGCACUCUUCGAAUGUGCAGAGUACAAUCUCCCUGUCGAGCGGGGAGAGUGAGUUCUAUGCAAUCGUCAGAGCGGGAUCCAUAGGAUUAUCGCUGCAGGCGAUGCUAGAGGACUGGGGACUGAAGGUCGGACUUAGGAUCCGGUCAGAUUCCUCAGCGGCCCGAGGCACUACUCAACGUCAGGGCCUGGGUCAGGCACGCCACGUGCAAACGCGGUACUUGUGGGUACAGGAAAAGGUGGCAACGCGAGCUCUGGAGCUGGAGCGCGUUGGCACAGAAAAGAACUACAGUGACAUCUGUACGAAGCCAAUGCCUGAAGUGGCAAUGCUGAAACACCUCAAGAGCAUGGGACUGCGUUUUCAUGCUGGUCGAGCCGGAGCAGCCAAGCGGCUCGUGUAA